AUGAAUCUGAAAAAAAUUAAUGAACUUCAGGCCUUGGUGGAUCUUUACAGACAGGACCCAACUCUUUUGAGAGCCAAGCAAUUGAGUGUCCUGCAGGACUCUAUAGACAGCAUGCGAGAUACCAUAUUAUGUUCAGUGAAACAUGCCUCUGCAAAGAAGACAUUAAAGGAGCAAGGGAAACAACCAGAACCAGCUGAGAGUGAGGAGAGUGACUUGGAAAUUGAGGAUGAAGGUGUUAUUAAACCAGAUCUGGAUGAUCCCCAAGAAAUGGGAGAUGAAUAUUUGGAAAUAACAAAUGAGAUGAUAGACCAGGUCAAUGAAAAGAGGGAACAUGCCUUUGCUGCCCUGGAUGAAGGUGAACUUCAGAAAGCUAUUGACUUGUUUACAGAUGCUAUCAGGCUGAAUCCUCAGUUCACCCUCUUGUAUGUUAAUUGAGCCAGUGUCUUUGUGAAACUACAGAAGCCGAAUGCUGCCAUUAGAGACUGUGACAGAGCCUGUGAGCUUAACCCCAAUUCAGCACAGUCUUACAAGUGGAGAGGGCAAGCACACAUGCUUCUGGGGCAUUGGGAGGAGGCAGCCCAAGACUUUACCUUGUCAUGUCAACUGGAAUAUGAUGAAGAUACCAAUGCCAUGCUAAAGAAUGCACAACCAAGGUCUGAACCUCGGCAGAAGUAUGAGCGCAAGCGUGAAUUAAAGGCACUCCAUGAGACGCUGGAAAGGGUAAAAUUGGCCUUGGAAGAGCAAGAGAGAACCCAGCAAGAGGAAAGUAUGUGGCAAUGGAUGAUUAGAAUCUGGUGGAAGUACUUUAAAUUUUUUAUAACCAUUCUGGAUCCAAGGAUUAUAAUAGCAUGGGUGGAUGUGACCUGGAACCCAGAUAACAUUUACAAAUACCGGAGCGUCCGCAAGUUCACAAAGUUCUUUGGCCAGUAUGACUGA